CUAUCUUUAGAUUCUGAAGGUUAACCUACCGGUUCAAAGUGGUUCGUGAUGAUCGGGAGGUUGUGUGUGUUUUCUCGGCUAGCUUGUCGGAGAGCUGUUUAUAUAUUCCGAGAGUUUUGUGCUGAGGCAGAACUCUUGGUAGAAGAUGGGAAUAAAUCAAGAAGUUGUAAACCCAUACGCCCUUUAUAUUUUGAUUUUCAAGCGUCUACACAACUGGAUCCUCGCGUCUUAGAUGCUAUGUUGCCGUUUUAUAUUAGUCAUUUUGGUAACCCUCAUUCACGCACACAUGAGUAUGGUUGGUAUUGUGAAGAAGCCGUUGAGAAAGCUAGAGAGAACGUAGCCAAUCAGAUAGGUGCUGACCAUAAGGAGAUCAUUUUCACCAGUGGUGCGACAGAAAGUAACAACCUAGCUGUAAAAGGUGUUGCCAAGUUUUACCACCCAAAGAAGAAGCAUAUUAUAACUACACAAAUCGAGCAUAAAUGUGUCUUGGAUUCCUGUAGAGUUUUGGAAAACAACGGGUUUGAUGUUACGUAUUUACCUGUUCAGAAAAACGGAAUUCUAGAUUUGGAGGUUCUGGAACGGUCUAUUAAGCCCGAAACGAGUUUAGUCUCUGUCAUAGCUGUUAAUAAUGAGAUAGGUGUCCUUCAGCCCAUCGAAGAAAUCGGAAGACUAUGUCGAAGUAAAGGGGUUUUCUUCCAUACUGAUGCUGCACAAGCUUUCGGAAAAGUACCAAUUGACGUCAAUGCUAUGAAUAUUGAUCUCAUGUCCAUUAGUGGUCACAAGAUAUAUGGUCCUCAGGGGAUUGGUGCUCUCUACGUACGUCGUCGACCCAGGGUUCGAUUAGAAGCUCAGCAAAAUGGAGGUGGACAGGAACGUGGGUUAAGAUCUGGUACUCUUCCUACGGCCUUAGUUGUUGGCUUAGGUGAAGCAAGCCGUUUGGCCAGCGAGGAAAUGAAAGAUGAUUAUGAACAUGUUUCCAUGUUAAGUAAACGUUUAAUCGAUGGUAUCACUUCCAAAAUUCAACAUGUUACCCUCAAUGGUGAUCCAAUUCAACGUUAUCCAGGCUGUGUAAACUUUAGUUUUGCUUGCGUAGAGGGUGAAAGCUUACUCAUGGCUUUAAAGAAUGUCGCUCUAUCAUCCGGCAGUGCAUGUACAUCCGCUUCACUAGAGCCAUCUUAUGUUUUAAGAGCAAUAGGGACUGAAGAGGAUUUAGCACAUUCUAGCAUUCGAUUUGGUAUCGGACGAUUCACCACUGAAGAGGAAGUUGAUUUUACAGUCGCUGAACUAAGUAAACAUGUUCAGCGGCUCCGUGAAAUGAGUCCUUUAUGGGAAAUGGUAUCAGAGGGAAUCGACAUAAAGUCGAUACAAUGGACACAACAUUGAUCAUUUGUUUCAGUAUACUGGAAGUUUCAUUGUAGUUUUGUUCUUCAUCUUUAACACUAAAACUUUCUAUAUUAAAAUUCUAACAAACAUUUAACAGUUGGAUCAUGAAACUUCAAGAGUUAUUUUUCUGUUUCUUUGAAUAUUUCAAAAUAAGUGAUAUUUUUUUCACAAUUUCACAUUGUAAAUCAAUUCUUAUUUUAGUUAAUUUCAAAGUAAUAUAUAUUUUAGUGUUGAAAGUAUUUGAAUAGUUUAAUAAAAAGCCGAAAAUUAUCAAAAC